AUGUCUAAGAAUUCGGAAUUGAUCAAUCUGUCAUUCUUAUUAGAUCAUGAGAAGGAAAUGAUCCUGGGAGUCCUAAAAAGAGAUGAAUAUUUGAAAAAAGUGGAGGACAAGAGAAUAAGGAAGCUGAAAAAUGAGCUUCUGGAGGCAAAACGUAGAAGUGGGAAGACUCAACAGGAGACCAGCAGAGUCUGUGUUCACUGUCAGAGAAACCUGGGCCUCAUUUUUGACCGGGGAGACCCGUGCCAGGCCUGCUCACUGAGGGUGUGCAGUGAAUGUCGUGUUGUGGGCCUCAAUGGCAGCUGGAAAUGCACUGUCUGCGCCAAAGUCGCGCAGCUAAGGAUUAUAACUGGUGAAUGGUUCUUUGAAGAAAAGGCAAAGCGUUUCAAGCAAGUGAAUGUUCUGGGCACUGAUGUUGUCCGGCAAUCCAUCUUAAGAAGAAGUCCAGGAUCUGAAGAAGUACGAAGCCAAGAACAAACCCGCCAGGAUGUGGAGAAAUCAGACACUUCACCUUCUGUUGGGCAGAAAGCCAGCCAUGAUGGGCCCAAGAGAAAGGGAUUUCUACUUAGCAAGUUCAGAUCAGCAACCAGAGGAGAAAUCGUAACUCCAAAAAUUGAAAGUGGGCGGAGCUACAGCUUGGAUUUCGACAGCCAAAAUUUUCGCAGUUUAAAGUCAGCCCCUGGUUCAGACAGAGGAAGCAUCGGUUCUUCAGAUCUCAUGGACCAAGAGGUCAGACCUGGGACCCCAAAGAGCAUCUGGAGCAAUGGUAUGACCCCAAUCACUCAGAGGUCACCAGCCCCAAGCACUCGAAGUGUGACCUCAAUCAGCAGCAGAGAGCGUGGUUUUGAACAUUCCAUGGGUUUGGCUGCCAUUGAAAGCACCUCUGAGGAGCUUACAAAGAGUCACCGCAGAAACACUUCAGGCACGCCUUCCAUUGAAGUGUCUGGGACUUCCCUCUCCUCAGACCGGAGUCGAUCUGAGUUAGAUUUGAGUGAAUCAUUUACAGAAGACUUAGAAGAUACUGUAAGCAUAAGAAGCAGAUCGGUCCCUGGGACUUUAGACAAAGACUUGAAUGCUCAAGCAGGCUCUGACAGGAAGUGGACCUACCUAAAUGUACCUGAUGCUGAUUCAGAUACUACCAGCCUUAACAGCAUGAUGAGUGUUUACAGUGAAACAGGAGACUAUGGCAACGUGAAGGUCAGUGGCGAGAUCCUUCUGCACAUCAGCUACUGCUACAAAACUGGCGGGCUCUACAUUUAUGUCAAGAAUUGCAGAAAUCUGGCCAUAGGAGAUGAAAAGAAACAGAGGACAGAUGCUUAUGUCAAGUCAUACCUUCUUCCUGACAAGUCCCGGAACAAUAAGCGCAAGACGAAAAUCAGAACAGGCACCAAUCCAGAAUUCAAUGAAAUACUAAAGUACACCAUCAGCCAUACCCAAUUGGAAACGAGAACUCUGCAGCUCUCGGUCUGGCACUAUGAUCGAUUUGGACAUAACAGCUUCCUCGGAGAGGUGGAGAUUCCUUUUGACUCAUGGAACUUUGAAAAUCCAUGUGAUGAGUGGUUUGUGCUUCAGCCCAAGGUGGAGUCUGUUGCUGACAUUGGCCUUCAAUACAAAGGAGAACUAACAGUUGUUUUGCGCUACAUUCCUCCAGAGGAUUACCUGAUGCUUCCACAAGGACAGCUUCAAGGAAAGAAGACCUUUAAAAAGGGAAAGAAAAAGGAAUCACCUGUAAUGUCUGGAGGAAUACUAGAAGUGUUCAUCAAAGAAGCAAAGAAUUUGACAGCGGUGAAAUCCGGAGGCACCUCUGACAGCUUUGUGAAGGGCUACCUGCUCCCUGAUGACAACAAAGCCACAAAGCACAAAACUAUGGUCGUAAAAAAGAGUGUUAAUCCUCAGUGGAAUCAUACUUUCAUGUUCAGUGGCCUGCAUCCCCAGGAUAUAAAGAAUGUUUGCCUAGAACUUACCAUCUGGGACAAGGAGGCCUUUUCCAGCAACAUCUUUCUAGGAGGAGUUCGUUUGAAUUCUGGAAGUGGUGUGAGCCAUGGGAAGAAUGUGGAUUGGAUGGACUCUCAGGGGGAAGAGCAACGCCUUUGGCAAAAGAUGGCCGACAACCCUGGAACCCCUGUGGAGGGGAUACUCAUGCUCCGUUCCAGCAUGGGGAAGUGUAGGCUCUGA